AUGGCGAACCGUACCAAACGACGCAAGGUUGACCCUGAGCCAGCACCGGGCUGGAGAAGCCUCACGCCUCUGACCAGGGAAGAGAAGGACAAUUGGAACGGGUUCUGCGAGAUCGAGUCCGAACCAGCAAUCUUCAAUGCGAUGCUAAAAGAUUUCGGCGUCAAGGGGGUCAAGGUGCAGGAAGUAGUCUCUCUAGAUGACGAGAUGCUAGCCUUUCUUGCGAAACCAAUCUACGGGCUGAUCUUCCUCUUCCGUUGGAGAGAAGACGACCCACGCAAGCAAGAGCAGAGCUGUCCCGAGUCUCUAUGGUUUGCCAACCAGACCGUGGAAAAUGCAUGUGCCACUGUUGCACUGUUGAACAUAAUCAACAACAUCGACGGGAUAGAGAUGGGAGAAGAGCUUCGAUCGUUCCGCGAGUUCACCAAGGACUUCAGUCCAGCCCUGCGAGGCAACGCGAUUGGCAACUUUGAAUUCGUAAAAAAGAUACACAAUUCAUUUGCAAGGAAAAUGGACAUUCUCAAUGCCGACCUGCUGCUGAAAACCCAGCAAGGGCGAAAAUCCAAGGCCAAGGAUAAGCAGGAGACAGACGAGGACAUGGAGGCAGGCUUCCAUUUCAUCGCGUUUGUCAAGGCCAAGGAGAGAGUGUGGAAAUUUGACGGGCUAGAACGCCAACCCCAGAGCCUUGGCGAGUGCCGCGAAGGGGACGACUGGCUGUGUCUGGCGACGAAGGAGAUUCAGACAAAGAUGGCAGAGUACGAGGAGGACCAGAUCGAGUUUUCCAUCCUGAGCCUGUCGAAGGACCCGAUGACCGGGUAUCUAGCCGACCUGGCGUUGAACGUGAAAUCUCUGCAAGAGGUCAACAGCCGCUUAUCCGACCUCGGAGAAGCUGGCGAGGCAGACCACGAGGACGCCGCAGUGAGCGGUCCAGACAAGCUGUACGGCCUGACCCCAGACAUGCUCGCGCAGGCCUUGCUGCCCGAGCUAGUGGCGGCCAAGUGCAGGACAGGGGACUCCGAGGAGCUGGCACGCGAGCGCCGGGCGCUCCUCGAGCAGCAGAGCCAGCUGCGCGCGCAGGUCAGGGACGAGCAGCACAGCAGGCAGAGCGAGCUCGACCACGCCAACUGCCGCCGCCACGACUACGGGCCUGCGGUGCAGACUUGGACGCGCUUUCUCGCCCGCAAACAGAAACUCGAGGAGCUCAUUACUUAA